CGAGAGUUCUUGGGAAAUGCGGUCGGCGCCCCCGACGUAUAGAAGUAGAACCACCUCCGCCGUUGCGUACUAUUUACACGCAAUGUACAAUGCCUCCGACGACAAGAAACAGAGAACAUUGGAAGCAACUUCUGCAACUUCAUCUACGUGGCAAGAACAAAAUCAAGAACAAGAUCCCCGGUUUUUAGAAGUGGCCCCCGGUCGUGCGACGUUGACGUCGACGGCAACCGCUGCAACUCACUUCCGAGGCCAAAUUUUUCAGAUUGGCCAAAAACCGUGUACAUGGAACCUAGCCACCACGCUAUGGUGCAUGUGCACGGUUUCAAAAGUGGCAAAUCUGCAACAAAACUUACAACGGGCCCAAAAAAACCGUGUACAUCGCAUCUAGAUCCCAUGGUGUGGUCGAUGUACACGGUUCAGAAUGCGUCUCCUCGAGCCCGACCACUUUGCAGACCGUGUACACCCAUCACACCAUGCAGGUUCGAUGCGAUGUACACGGUUUUUUGAUGGUGCGCGAUUUUCGCACCCAAAAUUCAGAUAAAUUUGCCUCUUUUCCUGCGGCUUUUCUUGACCCCAGGAAAAACCGUGUACAUCAUCUCUAGACUGCAUGGUAUGGACCAUUUACCUCUCCAAAAGGAGUCCCAAUCAUAGCAUGCUGAUUUGCAAUUCGCCAUCUGUGAACGUCUAGAGCCCACAUCACACAGAUUUGAUGCAGUAGUGUCGUGCUUCAGAAGAAAAUAGAAGCAAAAAAAUGCUUAGGUCUAG